AUGGCUGACCGGAGACGAGUAAACGGACCGGUCGGGGCCACGUUUGCGCCGGUGUUUGCAAAGGAGGAGCAGGCCAAGGUGGCCAAGGUGCCUGAGAGAUCUAGGCCCAACGACAUAAUACGAAAGAUUUACCUCCAAACGGGCGUCACACCGUCUGCCUCGGGCUCGGCCUACCUGGAGCUGAGUUCCGGCGCCGUCCCCGGUACCUCGGGCCUCAAACUCAGCUGCACAGUGCACGGCCCGCGCGCCCUACCGCGGUCGGCGCCCUUCUCGCCGCAUCUGAUCCUGUCGACACACGUCAAGUAUGCGCCGUUUGCCACCAAGGAGCGUCGCGGGUACCUCCGCGACACGUCGGAGCGCGACCUGGCCGUGCAUCUGGAGACAUCGCUGCGUGGCGCGAUUCUUGGCGACCGCUGGCCCAAGAGCGGUGUGGACAUUGUGGUGUCGGUGAUUGAGGCGGACCAGGACCGGUCGGCGCCGUCCGUGGACCCGGAUGAGGAGCUGUGGGGUCUGAUGAGCGUGCUGAGCGGGUGCAUCACGGUGGCGUCGGCGGCGCUGGCAGAUGCUGGCAUAGACUGCGUCGACACUGUCGCCGGCGGCGUGGCGGCGGUGGUGGAAACGACAGAGGGUGUUGAGACAGAAACAAGAGACACAAAAGAGACGGUUCUUGUAGUUGAUCCGGUGCCGGCAGAGCACGGCAGGAUCGUGGCCGCGUGUUGCGUGGCCUAUUUGCCGAACCGCGACGAAGUGACGAACUUGUGGCUCAAGGGCGACUUGCCAGGCUCGGCCGGGGAUGAGCUGCACCUGAAGAUGCUGGACAAGGCGCUCCACGCUGCACGACAGGCCGACCAGGUUAUUGUUGCCGCUCUCAAGGAUUCGGCCGAGGAUAGUGGCUGA